AUGACUGCUGUAAGGCAGUUCCGCCGCCAUAUUCCCGCCGUGAAACUCUGGUUCGUGCUGUGCCUGACGCUCGCAUUUUCGGUGGUCCUGUUGGCUGCUGCCCAUCUGACGCACUCUCUCACACUCAGGGUGGAGGCCUAUCAUGCGCUCUAUAACCUGCUUUCACUCACGGGGUGCUUGCUCACCAUGAAGUUAUGUUCCCGACCGGAGUCGCUACACAACACCUUCGGAUGGGCAAGACUGGAAGUUCUGUCCAUGCUCACUACACUCAUCUUCCUCACGGCACUUUGCUUCAGUAUGGCCAUCGACUCCAUACAAACAGCCUUACAUGCUGGCCAUCAGGACGCCAUGCACCACCCUCUUCCCAUCAUGGGACUCGGCGCCGUUGGUCUCGUCCUGAACGGCAUAGUCUAUUGUCUCAUAGGCGGGUACACCCACCACCAAGGAUGCUUCUUGGAAUUAAGAGGGUCUGGGGGCGUGUGGGUUGGAAAGCAGCUGACUCAAGAGGCGGUGCAGACUGGCAGGAGGACGCUCUCUUUGGGGAACCUCAAUGCAGGAUCGGCCAAGGAAAGGCUUAAAGAGGUCAUGAGAGAUAUUAGCGGACUGAUUCUCGUAGAACUUUGCGCUGCAGUUGUCCAGUUGGACAAUGGGGAGACCAUCGCGCUCUACAUAGACCCGGCGCUGGCUAUUACAUCGGCUGCAGUUCUCAUGUGGCUCAGUUACCCCUAUGGCAGAGAAUGUUGCCAGAUCCUGCUCCAGACUAUUCCAGGACACAUCACGUGGAAGAUUUUAAAGAGCCGGAUCCUCGAUGAAUUCCCAGAUAUCCUAAAACGUCCAUCAUCUGCACAUCUGGGACAUUUACUCCAACUAAAUGUUGAUGAUUGUUCCCAAGAUUCCAAGAUAUGA